AUGCUGGUCCUCUGGGACGACACCUACUUCGAAAGGCUUUGGUGCAACAUGGAGAUGGCGACUUUCGCGCGGUAUUCCGAGAGCCCGAAGAAAAUGGAGUUUGUUCCUUUGUGGCUGGCUCCAUGGCUACUGUCUGCAGUGCUGCUGGACUUGCUUGGAGUAGAGUUUUUGCGCUGCAUGGAGGCAGAUGAGGCGACCGAAAUCAUCACUCAGACGGGCAUAAAGAUGGGUUUAGCUAUGCUGGGUGAUUCGCGAGAAGCUCGUCUCUUCUUGGAGGGGUUCCUGCACAGCUUCCCAUACUUUGUCUGUUACCUGCCCAUGGCUCUGCCGAGCAUGCUUUCCUUCAAAAGCAAAAUUCAAGGGCAUCAGCUGAUGCUACAUCAGAUGGCCAGCUUCGAUAUCAAGAAGGCAAAGUGCUCUGUAGAGAGCGAUCGGCCGCUGGUGGAAGAACAGGUCGCAAUGCACUUCCAGCCCAAAUUGGAGACGGAUGUCAUUGUUGCUGGAGGUUCUGAACUAGCUCCGGAAGCCGUAGAAUCUGGAGCAUUGCGGGAGGAAGCACUGGAUAGGUUCAACAGCUACGUUCAAGGACCCCUGCGCAGCACCCUCCUGGAUUGCAUUGGGGAAGUGCACGAGGUGCCCUUUCAGUUGUGCAGUCUCUGCAUGCUACCCAUGACCACCUUCAAUGCCACUGCCAUCAUCCCUAGUGCCUGGGAGGGCUGCGGGACACUGUCAACUUUGGGGUAUGCGAGUCCGUGGGACUGGAGAUUGUGGAUGCCCUCUCUUGUGGCGUGGUGUCUUGCCCAGACCUUGGCUUAUCCAGUCACCUUCCCGAUUUUGCUGCGCCUUCUUCAGCAAGUGGAGAGUGCAACCGAGAAUGUAUGUGUGCAACUACUCUUCGGGAUACUUUGCAGCUGCUUCGUUUACGCCUACACGUUCUUCUGCUCCGGUAUCAUUUUUGGAUGUGCGAUGGUGCUGAGCCAGAGGCAGGAACAUGUCAUGCAGCUACUGCACAGUGCGAAUAAGGCAUUCCGCGGCAUUCCCCUGAAACGGUUUAGGGUUUAG